GCCCUCGACGCGUCCCUCUUUACCCUCGACCACGUCCUCGCUGCCCUUUUACUCCUCCUCGUCGUUCGAAACAGCGUCGACGCCCUCUUCCUCGCCAGAUCCCAAUCCCAGAUGGCCCACAAACGCGCGGUUGUCGCUCUCGUUAGUAGGAACGGGGUCCCGCCUCGUGUCGGCGCUCAUAUGCGCCUUCUGUCGGAACUUUUGUCAUGAUAAUCAAUCUCCCCCACGCCGUCUCCCGCCGCAUGUCUUUCUCGAAGCGCUUCCCUGGGGAAAUCACCGCCAUAACACACAUGGUCAGCACCAGCUUCCAAUACACCCGGCUAGCCUCGUGUUUGGCGUGUCUUUAUUCAUGAUCCAAAAUGACGAUGGCCUGGCGUUCAAACUUUAUAAUAGUCGGUGAUGCUAUUCGCCAAACGGGUUCCCAAAAACUCCGUCUCUGACGUGCCGUCAUGCAUACAACCAGUCACUUCAAGCUCCAUUCACAUUGCAUACCCACAUCUUGUCAAUGAGGCAUCCCAGCAGGUCUAUAACGCAACCAGCUAUAUUUUGCCAUCUGCGUGUGACCAUCGAUGGUGUGCACAUUCCACCAUUGGCAAUGUUCAGCGUCCCGGCUUAGGUUCUCGCACCCCUGCCGCACUUCGCAUCCAGCAGCUGCUGAAGUAAACUUGUCAGCUUACUGCGCUGCCUAAUAAGGCAGCCAACUACGUACAGCGGAGGGUGCGCCAGGUGCCAGGCAUCACAACGUGGUUUCAACGCGGCAUCCUAUUCCAGGUAGUUUCUUCAUCAUCCUUCCUUCUUGUCCCCUGCUUUGAGCCUUUUCGGGUACAGCCUCGUCGGUUCAGCGGGUUUAGUGGACUUGGCGUCAGGCGCGUUCCUAAACCUUAGCCUCUGCGCAAUGUCAUUCGGUCAUUCCUGCCUAAUUCGUAUGACCUUCCCUCACGAUCACUUCC